UCGCACGCGCACACGUGGGUGAACAUUGCAACAAUGGCAAGUGACAUGCACAACAAACUUCUACAGCUUCAGCCAGUACAGUGAGAUGAUCAUGAUUGUAGCCGGUAUAAAUACUGCCCAUGUCUUCGGCUGAUCCUUCACAGUUUCAAUUUUCCCUGACAGUCGAACAACAUCCAGUAUACCCCUGUGCUGCAAAUCCGUUGCGCGAUACGCAAGAAUCCCAGCCAUCAUGACGCGACCAAGCCACUUCCUCGCAAAGAUUGCGGUUCUUCUCUGUGUGGUGAUAUGUCCUCUGGCUAUGUGUCAAACCAGGCUCGACGCUGCGCGUUCAAGACGCGAUGCCGCCGCGAGGACAGGAAGCGUGAGCAGAGUCCGUAGAUCUGCCGCUGAACGGCUCGCGGAGACGAUUGAGUCGGACAAGCAAGCGACGGCCGGACGCUACCUGGAAUCGUUGGGUUCUGACCCCACUGUGGUAUCUCAUGGCCACGACAAACCCUCCUGGCAGGAACGUUGUGCUGCGGGCCGGGCUGGAAAUCAACCGAGCUUCUCCGCCAUGGUACCGACGGCCGAUGAGAAGGUCCGAAUCACACGCUGGGCUAGGGGAUCGCAGUGCGGCGUGAGAGUGCGACUGGUCAUGCUGUACACGAACGAGGUGCUCAAGUACGACACGAAGGAGACCUGCGAAGCAGUGUUGCACCUGUGCGGACUCGUGGAGAGCUUCAAGUCGUUCUUACAGAGCCCGGCCAGUAGCAAUCGUGACUGCGCUAACGGCAACGACUGGACUGGACUGAUGGGCGAAGUCUUCCACGGCAGCGUCCGUUUGGGAGACUUCAAUUCCAGCAAUUGCAACGCUCUGCGCAUCACCGACCAGAUAGCCGGCAUGCCAGUUCAGCCUGCAGAGUUUCGCCUGAGGGUAGUGCUGCAUGCCCGGCGCCACAGGCAGCCGUCCACAUCCACCUGGAGCAAUGUCAACACUGGCGUCGCCCUGCACGGCUUCAACCAGCCGAGACUGUACACGGACCACGGUCUUAUACACUUGACGUUGGUGCCUUGGCUUGACCUGCAGCAAUAUAUCCUGGGCAAUGUCACUCGUGCCGGCUUGACGUUGAACGGGGCAUCUCAGCAACCGUCUGGAGAAAAUGUACAUUCAGAUCGCAAGCGACGAUCAAACCCGGGUGAUUGCCGACCAAAGAGUGCGAACGUCACAGCCAGCACAUUCAAUGACCUCUUCCCAUUUCGAAUCGUGGCACCGCCGAUGAUAGAGAUCGGCUACUGCUCCGGCAGCUGCCGCAACAUCAUUCUCCAGCCAGACUUAGCACCAAGCCUGUAUCAUGAAGUGACGUGGCGCCAUGCCGUAAUCCACGGCUCACCAAUGCCACACUGUUUACCGGUCAAGUUCAGCAAGACGGCACUCAUUACUCACCAGUCGCAUUCUAAUGGUGGCACGCUAAUGAAGCAUUUUGCCGACCUGAAGGUCAUCGAAUGCCAUUGCUCGUGAGUCGUGAUACCGGUGCACAGCGAGAGACCGCGAGCUAUUGUCGGGGAUGCAACGUGCACUGUGACGGUCAGCGUUUGUGAGCUAGUGUUUACCUGCAGUAUGCGGCACAUCGUGCGCACAGGAGUGUCGAGAAGACCUAGUCGAAUCACACUGCACAACGGCAACGAGUGUCGCAGCGAGAAUAACAUGGCUUGCCAGGAUCCAGGGGGAGCACCUCAUCUACAACAUGUUCCAGUCGUCAAAUACAACGCCUAGCUACAAGCAGUGGAACUGGGUAGGUCACACCGUCUACACGUACAGAACAGCCUCCGCUCACAUGAUCAAUGACACGGACAACUUGCCAGGAACGUUCCGAUGCCCUGCUACAGUGCCAGCACAAUGACACCAUCCCACAUCCUCGCCCUGCUGUGUCACAACAGACACACCUGAGAGCUGAGCUGCUCAUAGAGUCCUAGCUCUCCCACCGCUUUCAUCGGAGAGCCCAGCCCUGUACAAAGUGGAACGUCUUUGUUGUGUUACGCGUUGGUCGCGUACAUGUACACAAGAAUGGUCUGGUUGCUAAGGUGAUCAGCGCAGUCUCCAAAUGGUUUGGUCAAACUUUACAAGAAGAAGUACUUGAAGAAACGGUACUGUCACACUGCCAUUGGUCUAUGCUGCCAUAGUACAUUGUACAGAGUUCUUCAAAGCAGGCAAUGAUCUGCUGGAACGUUAGUUAUGGAGGAGGAGACAGAUUCCAUGACUUCCAGAGCAGUGUCGCGAAGGCAAGCAGCUACCCUGGCCGAACUGCCAGUCUUGGUGAAGAAAGGCCAGCGAUCAGCAGUUCAUCAGUGCGUGGGUGCAGCGCAUGUGCGGCUUUGGACUCCUCACCACUAUACGGUUCACCGCACAGGCAAACACAGCUUGCUCCGGCUAAUCAAGAUACUAGUGCUGGUCCAUCCGACACUUGGUUUGCAUCAUCAAGAUCUCAUCAGUGAAGACAGAAUGAUACUGGAUACAUGUACCAAGUUGUCACUGGCACCCUUUUACUUCCAUUACAAGUUUCACAAGUUUGUAACUUGAAAAGAGGUGUAUAAUUAUCUUCAGAUUCUAUCAAUUAUAUAUAUCACUGAGACCAAAGUCCAUAGCUCUUGAUAUAUCAUCAGCCCAAAGACCGCAUUUGGUGGCACACAUAUAUGUAUUAGUUUCAUGACUACCGGUAUAUAAUUAUUAUUAUGAGAACACGCUUACCUGUUACCAGUGCAGUGAAACUAUACCUUUCACAUGGCUACGUUCUACAGGAUUGUACUAUGUAAUCGACUACUGUAAAACGGGUAACGUUUGCGACAAUUUAAUGUGUUUUACAAAUUGA